AUGGGCUCGGACACAGUGACCGAUUGGUUCAAUGCCGCUUUUGACAAUGAUCACCGCUUCAUCAAAGAAAAUGUUGAAACGUAUGCACGAACCAUAGACUCCACCAAGGAGACAGCGCUCAUGAAGGCUGCCAGACGCAAUUGCGGGUCCGUGGUGGAGAUCCUUUGCGAUCAUGAAUCUGGGCUUUAUAAUAGCCGUGGAGAGAGUGCCCUUAUGCUAGCGAUACAGAACAACAGCGUGGACUGUUUGGGUGUGCUCUGCGAAUACGAGUCUGAACAAAUGAUCUCAAAUGGGGACACGCCCCUCCAUUACGCCAUUCGUAUGGGCUGUGUUGAAGCCAUCUCUUAUUUGACAAGCCGUUAUAAGAGAGCACGCUCUAGGGCCGACCGCACACCCCUCGAGUUUGCAGCUGAGUUGGGGUCCAUUCGCUCUAUCGAGCACUUGCUGGUCUCUGGUACCCCAUAUACACAAUUAGAAAUAGAUCGGGCGAUUGAGCAUGCUCGUGCAUGUGGACAGAUGGUGAUCGUCUCUACUCUCCCGAUCCUUUUUAAGAGGUACUGGCGUGUCGCAAAUUCAAGACAAGACACAGGAGAGCCAGUAACAGUAGAAGAUCUGCGAGCCUUCGAGCCUGAGCCUGCACCUGGAGGGCCUGUCGUUGACGGUCUAGCCCUGAAGAACGCUCUUUUGUCUGCCGGUGUCCCUGUCAGUGAAGCCAACUCUGUUGUCAGGUCUCUCAGCCAGCCGGCAAUCCAAUCUAUGAGGCAGCUCGCUGCUCCAGCUCCGUGCACGGACAGCUUCAGAGAGCUUACUGAUUCUAUGCGACAGCUAGCGUAUCCUAGUAACGAAACACUCGAUCAGAUCCACGAGUCGCAGAAUGGGCCGCAGGUAUUGGCUUCCGCCUAUCAGGAUCCCGGUGCCGAUGGCGUGGAUUAUGCGAACUUCAUGGGGUUCAGAGGGAGACGUGACGACGAGUCGGUGAUUUCGGCCGAUGUCGUGGAUAACAUCGUUGCCGUCAAGAAUGCAGAGAUUGCAAGGCUAGAGGACGCUCUUCGCGAGGCAAAUGCUCGCCUUCGCAUGGCUGAAGGUAACGCGGCUGUGAGUCAGGCUAAUAGGGUCACUGGGACCUCUUCGGGACACAUAGACCGCAAGACACACGAGUAUAUUCCUGGGACAGUGGAGAGCCCACUCAACUAUUGUUCAAACAAGAUCGCAAACGACGGAGGAGACCACCGUGCCGCUUAUCGCGGGGAUGUCUACUCAGCUUCUUGCAGCAUCCAGUCUCCGAGCAGAUCGGGCAGGGCGAGCUCUCGUAGUAGAAGCCGCAGUAGCAGUCGUAGCACAUCUCGCUCGCAUUACGGUAAGGGCUAUAGGCCGGAGGUCAAGCCCCGCACCAACUCGGCGUCGAGCGUUGCUCGGUCUGAUAGCGCUCGUACGUCUCAACUUAAACCUGAGACGCUGAUUCCUCCUAUGUCCCAGAGGCGCUUGCAACCAGGCGCUGCUGGAGACUCUGAUCUGAUAAUUGCAGUGAAGAACGGUGAUAUCAUCAAAUUCAGGAAGUAUCUUCCCCACCAGACAAGACAGGUCGACUCUCGCGGACGCACUGCCCUCAUGCAUGCUGUAGAUCGAAACAACACGCUGAUGAUCACGGAGCUGUGCAACAUAGAAGCAGGAAUUCAGGAUGCGGAUGGCACCACGGCGCUCAUGAUAGCUGCGGCCCUAAAUCUGCCCCUGGCUGUCUCAAUGCUUGUGUCACACGAGAAGCGAUUCACCAAGCGCAUUGACGGCUCCACGGCCCUUAUGGCGGCUGCCUCCAAUGGGAACAUAGAUUGUGUCGAUAUUCUUGCCCGCCACGAAAAGGGCAUUCAGGCCCACGAUGGAUCAACGGCCCUAAUUCAUGCGAUUCGUAAUAAUAGGCGCCGCUGUGCGUGCCUACUCUGGCCACUUGAGCACGCAAUAGCAGACCGUGACGGCAUCUCUCCGCGCGACUGGGCCAAAAGGUUUAACCGUCAAGAGAUUCUCAAGGUGGUAGACUCGCAUACCCCAUCGAACACUGAGGCGAGGUCGAAUAUGUAUCUUCCUCCUACUAUAAAUCCAUCCUAUAUGGUUCGUGAUAUCGAACAUACUGUCAACCUCCUAAACACAAAAAAGUGA